GUAGCAUCUGGUACCCGUUCAACUCUGAGUAAUGCAUGGACUGGAGGGGUCAUUUAGGGAACAUUUAGCUUGAAUUUUAAGCUUACGUUGUUGAUCACAUUGUGCUUUUGUUGAAGAUGGAGAAGCUAUUACAAGGUGUUGUGAAAUUCAGUAAUCAUGUUCGACCAUCCUUGCUACCAACACUCGAGAAACUUGCCAACAAAGCUCAGCCUCGCAUGCUUCUAAUCACUUGUAUGGAUAGCCGCUUAUGCCCGACCAGCUUUACACAAGCAGAUCCUGGGGACAUGUUCAUAGUAAGAAACCCUGGAAAUGUUAUGCCACACAAUCAGCUGUUUGGAGACACCCAUCACAGUGUACUGUCAGAACGAGCAGCUUUGGAGCUAGCCAUUUCAACUGGAGUUCAACACAUAGCAGUUUGUGGCCAUUCAGAUUGUAAGGUAACCCCUCAAGCUUAGUGGUACUAUAAUUUGAUGCUCCCAGGAGCUCAUAACCAGGAGUGUAUGUCUCUUAUAUUAAGUCUGUUAUGUACUGUGUUAAUGACGAUUUAAGCUCAAGCUGCCAUGUCUGGGUCUGAAAUAGACUUUUGAACUCACAAUCACUUUAAAACUCUUACUUAAAUCUUUAGUUUCACAGCUUGUUGGGAAGGUUAAUAGUUUGACAACAAUAAAUUAAAAGAACAUGGGACAUAAUGCUAAAAAUACCUCAGUCUGCAGGUGCUUUGGAUUAUGGAUGUAAUAGCUGUUAAUA